CAAAACAGCCAAACGUUCAUAAAUCCGAUAGACAUCCAUCCUAUUUUUGGUGUUAUUAUUACAAAUUUAAAGAAAAAGAGUCUCAAAGAAUCCUGUUUGCGAGAUUCAUCAAUAAUGGAGGUUUACACAUACCCAUCUCAUUUUAUGCGAUCAUCUUCACGAAUUUCUUCAAUUUCAUUUAGGAAUUUAGUCUGCAAAGUUAAAGAUUUCUUGAGCUCUGCAGUUUCUGCCAUUAUUGGGAAUCUCUUCUCUGCAAUUCUUACCUUCUUCUUUGCAUUAGUAGGAACUUUACUGGGGGCAAUGACAGGGGCUUUGAUAGGCCAAGAAACAGAGAGUGGGUUUGUUAGGGGGGCUGCAGUUGGAGCCAUUUCUGGUGCUGUGUUUUCGAUUGAAGUCUUCGAAUCAUCGCUCAUUUUGUGGAAAUCUGAUGAAUCAGGGAUCGGAUGUCUUCUUUACUUGAUUGAUGUCAUUGUAAGCUUGUUAAGUGGGAGGCUUGUACGUGAACGAAUUGGUCCGGCUAUGUUGAGUGCGGUUCAGAGUCAGAUGGGAGCCGUUGAAACGAGAUUUGAUGAGGUCCAUAACAUAUUUGACAUCGGGGGAUCUAAAGGCUUAACGGAAUAUUCGGUAGAACUGAUUCCCAAAAUCGCGUUCAGUAAUGACAACGAUGUCGAUGAAUCGGGAGAGCGAGUCUCUUGUUCAGUGUGCCUUCAGGAUUUUCAAGUUGGAGAAACUGUGAGAAGUUUGCCACAAUGUCAUCACAUGUUUCACCCACCUUGCAUUGAUAAAUGGCUGGUGAGACAUGGAUCUUGUCCACUAUGUAGAAGAGAUCUCUAAUUUUUAUUUUUAUUUUUCUUUUUCUUUUUCUUUUUCUUUUUCUUUUUAUUUUAAUUUUCUGUAUAUUCCCACAUGAAAUUUUCUGAAUUUUGACUUCAGGAUUUAUUUUACUACUUCGUCUUUAUGGCAUUGAAUAAGCAAAACCCUAAAAAGAUAACCUUUUUAC